AUGGACGCCGGCCGCGUCGCGCUGCUCCUGUGCCUGCUGCGCGCCUGCCUGGCGUCGGAGCUGGAACAGGCGCCCCCGGAGGCCGACCUCCGGUCGACGAGCCUCUACGGCCGGGUGCAGGUGCCCGGUCCCCAGGGCGGCAGCCGCUACAGGGACUUCAGAAUCGUGGUGCACCUGGACGGCGGGCGGCGCCUGACUACCUUCUGCCACAAGGACGGCUCCUUCGCCGUGCAGGGCCUUCCCGCUGGGCUGCACACCUUGGACGUGUACGCGCUCGGCUGGUUCUUCCCCCAGGUUAAGGUAGAUGUCAGUGUGAGGAGUGGCACUGGAAACAUACGGGCCGAGUACGCGGACAGGAGGAGCAAACUGGCGGUCCCGCUUGUGCUUCCCGGCAACCCAGUGUCCUAUUACGAUCAGCGGAAGCCCUUUAAUGCGUGGUCGCUCGUCAAGAGUCCCUAUGGGAUCAUGAUUGGCGUUAUGCUGGUCGGCAUCUUCAUUUUUCCCAUGCUCAAGGUCGACCCGGAGGACUAUAAACAGAUGAUGAGCGACUUGAAGGGGCAGCAGGGACAGCAACAGAUAGCAUCUGGCCGACACAAGAAGGACUAG